AUGGGGGAAAGUCUUCAAAUAGAUGAUAUCAAAACUGAGUACCACCCUACAAGUGGCCGCACUGCAAAAGUGGACCAUUUCUCUGAUUUCAAACGUGGAUUUUCUGGCAAAGCACGCAUCAAAAACUCAUGUCCGUGGCAGCCAUUCAAAUCCCGGGUCGACUUUGAAUUUGCGGAGGUCGCUCUUGAAGCAGCGUUAAAUAAAGACCAGAUAAAUAGAUUAGUCAAGGUCAUUCACCAGAGUAUACAAGACCCUGGCUCGUUCACUCUGAAAGAUCAAUCUGACCUUUACGAGACAUGGAAGAUUGCUUCUCAUGCCCUAACUCCGUUUGAAAAGACUGUAAUCAAUGUACCAUAUCAAGGCAAAGACCAUUCCUUUGAUGUUCAUUUUCGUUCGCUGUGGGAUUGGGCAUUGGACUUAUUAGGGAACCCGCACCUCUCAGAGCACUUUGUAUUUGAUGCCGAACGGCUUUCCAAAUUUAACGGUGACAAUUUUGUACAAUUCAUUGACGAACCAUGGACAGCUGGGGAUUUCUGGGAUAUUCAAUCAAGGCUUCCAGAUGGUGGAAAGCCUCUAUGUUUUAUUUUAUAUGCUGAUAAAACAAUUCUGUCUUCUUCCGGGACUGUAAAGGGCUAUCCCGUAAUUGCACGAUGUGCAAACUUGCCCACUGAUAUCCGAAAUGGUACAGGUGUCGGAGGUGGAAGAGUUGUAGGGUGGCUUCCGGUGGUGCCGGAAGAUGAGGAACAUAAGGGUAAAAAGAGUUUUGCUAACUUCAAGAAUGUCGUAUGGCAUGAAUCAUUUUUGAAAGUUGUUGAAUCUUUAGAACUUCACGCCAAGACUGGCUAUUAUUAUCAGCGCACUGAGGGUGAUGUUCUUUAUCUUUUCCCUAUUAUUUUGAUACUUUCUGCUGACUACGAGGAACAAUGUGCAAUGUCUUCAUUACGUGGGACAAAUUGUAAUUUUCCGUGCCCAAUAUGCCUUGUACCGAGGGACAAACUUUCAGAUACAACACAGACAUUUACUCGUCGGACCAGUGCUCAUUCAGAAUCUAUAUUACUAGAAGCGGAGCAGCAGCAAACAGCGGCAGACAAGGAAAUUGUCCUCAAGAACUGUGGACUUCGUCCUGUUAAGAAUGUCUUUUGGAGGUUCCGUUACUCUGAUGUGCAUCAAGCAUUAUCUUGGGACCGGCUACAUGCACAUAAUAGUGGCCUAUGGGGCCAUCAUCUCUGGAAGGAGUUUCUAUUCUGGAUAGAAGCAGAGGGCCGAGCAGCAUCCCAUCAGCUUGAUGAUCAGUUCAAUGGUAUGCCUCGUUGGCGAAAUCUGAACCAUUUUGACAGAGUGGCUAGCAUAGAAUUUUCGGAUGCAACAAAGCAUGAAGAUAUAUCCAAGAUGGUUAUCUUUGCUUCGCACAAUAUAUUUGAUGUUCGAUUACACAAGCCAGCACAUCUUCUUUUGAAGAGCAUUCGCCUCUUCCUUGAUGUUGAUAUGUAUACAGGACUAACAGUUCACACGACAGAGACUAUUGCAGCUGGUAGACAAGCUUUGAAGCUAUUUUCACAAGCUAUGGAUGCGGCAGAUGGACUUAGAGACAAAAGUUGGAACUUUCCGAAGAUGCACAUGAAUAAACAUGCAUUUGAAGACAUCGAAGCAAAAGGCGUAACCCGGAACUACAAUACAAAACCAAACGAGCAGUUACAUGGCCCACUCAAGGAUUCUUAUCGAUUCCGAACAAACUUCAAACACGUUGCUGAACAGAUCCUUCAGGCUGACCAUUGGUGUCUGGUGUCAUGCUUUAUCCGCCAGGAUAUAGCAGCUUUUGAUAGCCAGUUAACGGGUGAUCUCGAAGGGGAUGAAGUUGACUUGAAGAUCACCGAAACGAGUCAUGUGUCGCUAGGCUCAAAGUGUCCUGCAACAUCAUUUCAAGGCCUGGAAGAAGCACGCAAGGAUGAUACAGCAUUCACAAGCUUUCGUAUAAGGCUCUCAAAUUACCUUAACAUAUUUUUCAGCGCAAAUAAUAUAGCAUUCCCUGGUGGGAAACGCAUCAAAUUGGGGGCUGAAGACAAGAUUACAGAAUAUUGUUUCAUGAAAGUUGACUAUGAAUCUAUAGUCGAUUGGCGACAAUAUACCAAUUACCUUCGAUGUAACCCUUGGUUUUACAAUCAUCCACGAUAUGAUUGUGUCCUACUGCAAACAGUGGACUCAAGGAUUUUCGCUCGCCUCAUCAUGCUAUUUAUUUGUACCAUUGAUCAGGUUGAUUAUCCGUUUGCGCUGGUUCAACCAUAUGAUGCUCCAGUAGGUCGGCGGCGACACAAAGACAAGGACCUUGGGCUCUGGCGAAUUCGGGAAAAGUCACGCUCAGAUGCUGAGUUCGUCCCUCUUCGUUCAAUAGUUCGUGGUGCAGCUAUGGCCCCAGACUACGAAGUUUCUGGCGACUUCUUUCUCAUUGACACAGUCGAUUCUGAUUGGUUCUUGCGCACAAAGAAGAUGUGGUCCGAAUUGCCAGCGAAGCAUACCUAA